AUGAUUAUUAACAAGGUUAUGUUUGCAUUGAAACACAACGUUUCAAAUAAAAAUAUUAGCAAUACAUGUAGACUUUUGAUAAGUGGUAAUAUUUAUAAUUUUCAACAAUAUUCAGUUCGAAGAAAUUUUACAAAAUUUUCAUACGAAAGGAACAAAGUUAAGAAGAAUUAUUCACUUUUAUUGUUCAUCCUUCCUUGUUUUAUUACAAGCUUUAUAGGUUGGAGAAGUAUAAGGGAAAGAUGUUUUUCCGUGGUUAAUGCAGCUGAAAUGAUCACCGAAGAAGAAUCUGAUAGUGAAGAUGAGAACCAACAAUUAGACGAUCAAAAAAAAAAGAAGAAAAAAGAGAAAAUUGGUUUCCGCGUUCGAAAGAUAAUAGAGUAUGAAAAUCGUAUAAGACAUUACUCCACUCCUGACAAAGUAUUCCGAUAUUUUGCUACUCUGCAAGUGGUCAACAACGACAUCCACGAGAUCUUCAUGACACCUGACGACUUUUUAAGAUCAAUAACUCCUGGUGUUAAGCAACCAGAUGGGCUCGGCUUGGACAAGUAUAAACGCUACGAUCCGAAGAAUAUACACACGAAAUUGGAACUGGCGUUAGAUGAAGAUAGUAUCUUUUACAAACUUGGAAGCGCCGGACUGAUUACUUUCUCCGAUUAUAUAUUUUUGCUUACCGUAUUGUCCACUUCUAGGAGGCACUUCGAAAUCGCGUUCAGAAUGUUCGACUUUAAUGGCGACGGUGACGUGGACUCUGAGGAAUUCGGAAAAGUCGCUACUUUGAUUCGGCAACAAACUAGCAUCGGUAAUCGACAUCGCGACCAUGUUACCACUGGCAGUAUGUUCAAGGGCGUUAAUUCAGCGUUGACUACGUACUUCUUUGGAUCGAACAUGAAAGGAAAGCUGACAAUUGAAAAAUUCCUCGAGUUUCAGCAACAGUUACAAAGAGAAAUACUUAGUCUCGAAUUCGAGCGAAGAAAUCCGGACGAAAACGGUCGCAUAACAGAAGUAGAUUUCACGGAAUUAUUACUUGCUUAUGCUGGAUAUCCUGAUAAGAAAAAGUCAAAGAUUAUAAAAACUGUAAAGAAACGGUUCAAGGAGAAUCCAAAGGGAAUAGACAAAGAUGAAUACCUGAAAUUUUUUCACUUUUUGAAUAAUAUUAACGACGUGGACACGGCGCUGACAUUUUAUCAUAUUGCUGGAGCAUCGAUCGAUCAAGCUACACUAAAACACGUGGCAAGAACAGUAGCUCAUGUCGAUUUGAGUGACCACGUGAUACAAGUGGUCUACACUAUUUUUGACGAAAAUAUGGACGGUCAGUUAAGCAAUAAAGAAUUUGUUGCUGUAAUGAAAAACAGAGUUUUAAGGGGAUUGGAAAAACCGAAAGAUACUGGUUUCGUGAAGUUAAUCGAAUCAAUGGCUAAGUGCGUAAAGAUCAGUUAUAACAUGCAUUUCGAUAAUUGA